GGCUGGAGUGUGUUUAUCUGUUAUUAUAAUUAUUUGUAACUAAGAAGGCGAAUGUCGCUUUUUAUGUUCCUUUGAGGAUUGUUGUGGUUUUUAGUUAAGUAGUCCGCUAUUAUGGCGCUGAUAUGAUUUCGAUUUUACAAUGGUUUGUAGCCUGGUUAUUGUGUCUUGUUUAUAUUUUAAUGUUAUUAUUUAUGCAAACUUUGUUUUGAAUUGUUGCUCCACUUUGCUUUAUGUCCUGAAUGUAAGUUAUUGUUGUAUUAGGGACUAUUUUCUUGUGCGUAGCUUUGGUUUCUUUGUUCGUAGUAUUGGGUUCUUUGUUCGUGAAUGUGGGGUGUCGACAGGGAGGGACGUUCUGCUGGAAUGUCGAGGCCUGUGUGUUAAAGAGUUUCUGUGACACCUUUAUAUGGUGUAUGGAAUCUCGUCAACUCGCUCGCCUCCAUUGUGUUGGUUAUCGAGAGGUGUUCCGUGCAUGACAAAGUAACCCUUCCAUGAAUAACAAGGAAAAAAUAAAAUUUUGACAAUUAGGCUUCCUACAAAAAGAGUUAAAGGAAAGUAGGCAUCUGUUGGUUUAGAACCCACACCUUCCAGCACGACAGCCACUUAUAUGUCCAAUCGUCCACUCACUUUCAUGCUCAUUCUGUGUUUUUUAAACAUUAAAUGUAUUAAAAACAGUCAUGACUGUGAAUCGCCUUAAUACGGUUAUUCACAAUUGACUUGGAAUAGACACUUCAUUUUGUAAAUCUUAUGGGCUGACUGAGAGCUAUACCAGAAAAAACAGAUGAGGUUGAUUCAUCUAGCAACCAUCUAUUUAAAUUUAUGCAGAACAGACUGGGAAAAUCAGCCAUGUCUUUGCAAAGUGCACUUGUGGUUAAACAGGAAUCAAAUGACCAAGCAAUGCAAUUUAUGGAUUUUAAAUCAGAUGUAACAUUGGCAAUUUCAACUUUAGAAGAUGUGAAACCAAAUUUACCAUUGAUUUCAACUUCAAAUCUUAUCAAUCAAAAUAUAUCAUCACAAUCUUCACCUUUUGAAGACAAGUCAAAUGAAACAGUUCCAUUUUCAACUUCAGAUCAACAAUCAGAUAAAACAUUUUAUUAUUCUAAAGAUAUGAAACCAAAUGUUUCAACAGAAUUUUUAAGUUUUGAUGUUAUGAAAAAGGAUAUAUUAACAUUUUCAUCAUUUAAGGGUGAAAACGAAAAUAGCUUAGAUGUUAAAAGACAUCUUGAAUAUUUACCAGAUUCUGAUGCUUUUAUUGAAAAUUUUACAAUUUUAAAAUCAGAUCUUCAUCAUGAUUUAAAAGAACUCAAGGAAUUGCAUAAAGAAGUUAUUGAUAAUUUUCCAACAAUGUAUGAGCUCAGUGACAAGGGACUGAAGACAUAUAAGUGUGAUAUGUGUUGUCAAAGAUUUACUCAUUUUCAUCAUAUUACACAACAUAUGAAAACUCAUCAACAAGGUGCUAUGAACAGUCAUGUAAAACAGCUUAAGAAAAUAAACAAGAAGUUUUCUCUGCAUAAAUUACAUCCUGAAGACAGAUGCAAUGAAAGUUUUAAUAGUAAAUAUCUUUUAUCUCAACAUAAAAAUAUUCAUGCACAAAUCAGACCACAUGAAUGUGAUGUGUGUCAUAAAAAGUUCACUAUGAAGAGUAAUUUAUCUGAACAUAAAAAUACACAUUCUAAUCUCAAGAGAUAUGAAUGUGAUGUGUGUCAUAAAAAGUUUGCUCAUAAAUCUAGUUUAUGUACACACAAAAUUAUUCACUCUGGACAUAAGCCAUAUGAAUGUGAUGUGUGUCAUACAAACUUUGCUCAGAAGAAUAGUUUGAUUAUGCACAAAAAUAUUCAUGCUGGAAUUAAACCACAUGAAUGUGUUGUGUGCCAUAAAAAGUUUGCUUAUAAAUCUAGUUUAUAUACACACAAAAUUAUUCACUCUGGACAUAAGCCAUAUGAAUGUGAUGUAUGUCAUACAAACUUUGCUCAGAAGAAUAGUUUGAUUAUACACAAAAAUAUUCAUGCUGGAAUUAAACCACAUGAAUGUAAUGUGUGUCAUAAAAGUUUUAAUAGUAAAAAUCUUUUAUCUCAACAUAAAUAUAUUCAUACACAAAUAAGGCCACAUGAAUGUGAUGUGUGUCAUAAAAAGUUCACCUUGAAGAGUCAUUUAUCUGACCAUAAAAAUACACAUUUUAAUCUCAAGCCAUAUGAAUGUGAUGUUUGUCAGAAAAAGUUUGCUCAUAAAUCUAGUUUAUGUACACACAAAAUUAUUCACUCUGGACAUAAGCCAUAUGAAUGUGAUGUGUGUCAUACAAACUUUGCUCAGAAGAAUAGUUUGAUUAUACACAAAAAUAUUCAUGCUGGAAUUAAACCACAUGAAUGUGAUGUGUCAUAAAAAGUUCACUACGAAGAA